GCCAGGCAGGCGCAUCUAGCCAACAAGGGUAACGACAGGAAAAGUUUACGAGCCAACAAACUCUGUAUAAUCUGCCACCUACAUAUUCCUAGCAAAUCCAAAUAGCAUUUAAGUGUAAAAAUAUGUGUAAAAAGAGCAUCGACAUUUAAAGUACAAAUGUAAAAUAAUAUUAGCUAUAGCCACAAGUUUGCGUGUAAGCUAAGGUUUCUGCCUUGGCAUAGAAAGUGCAAUUAUGAAUUGCCCCACAAUGUAAAGGCGAUUGCCAGACUAUAUUGCGAACAUCAAAUCAGCUUAACGAUGCAUCAGGUGCUCAGCUAUGACACGGCCGUAAGGGCCAAUAGUUCGCGAGAUUAUCGCGAGUACGUUACCAAGCGCACCUGUGCCUCGCUGCUGCUCUUAAUAGGCUUCUUUAUGUUUAUCUCAGGUUACUUGCUGGGAAACUUUGCAACUGAGCGUAAAUAUCACAUGCGCCAGUUGUUGACCCAAAAGGCACUUAAUGGCGUCUCGGGGGCGGAGAGGUCGGUCCAGCUGAAUAGUGUGGAUUAUGGUAAUUUGCAAGAGCUGCGCGCCUACCAGAAGAACAAGGAGCAACUGCUGGUGGCCGCGCAGGUGCUCAACAAUCUGCUGCAACAGGACGAAAGCGAACGGUACUUGGCCACCUCGCUCAAUACGGAGAUAUUUAAUAAAUACAUAAGUUGCACGCAAAAUAUUCCGCCCAAUACGAACAUCGAGGCGAGCCGCUUCAUAGAGCAGCUGAUAGACAACACUGUGGCCAGGCAACGUGAUUGUCUGCGUAUUAUACAGGUGGUGAUUGACAAUCAUCUGGCAAACAGUCAGCUUUAAAGUAAAAGCGGCCAAGGCUUAACUAAGUGUUUCAGUAGCCAGUCCACAUUCGCUUAGAGCUUACUACAAUUUUUGAAUAUGUUUAUGAAAUUUUACAAUUGCAUGCGUAGAGAGUUUUCAUAUAGCGCGCUAAUAA